UGCUAUAUAAAAAAAAGCUCUCUCGAGCAAGGGCCUCUCUCUGCCUUGCCUCAGCUCCUAACAGGAUCAUGGCCUAUAAAAUGCUUCAAGUGGUCCUAUGUUCAACUUUGCUUAUAGGAGCAUUGGGAGCGCCAUUUUUGUUGGAAGACCCAGCAAACCAGUUCCUACAUCUCAAAAGACACGUAUAUUUUCAGGAUUACUGGGACCCAGAUCACAGUCCGAAUAUGUGGGAAAACACACUGGCUGAUCAGGCUCAUGAAAAAUGGACUGCUUUGAAGACAACAGCACAGUAUUAUCUGAAUGUGAAUUCCUUCACUUCUGACAUAUCUACUACCCGAUAAAUAUGCUUUGCUGGUUAAACCAGGACAGCAAAAACAGUGGGAGUCAGCACGGCAAUGUACCAAAACCACAGCUUUGGUGUGCUGAAAGCAAAUGCUUGUCACUUACUAGAUUAUUUAUUAUGCCUGUCUCACAGAGACGUUGAACAAAGUAAAUAUGGAAAUUUAUGUAGUGACCUAGAAUUCAAAGUUCUCUGUAAAUGGUAGAUAAAAUGAGCACUAAAGUUAAAAAGACUGUAGUAAUAACAUUUAUCAGAAAGGUCUUUUAUUGAAAAAGAAAAAAAAAUUUAAAGCAGUAUCAUUAAAAUUCUCUGUUCAUAGCUAUUGCUUUCUAUUGCCUCUUCUUUGUUAGUUUACUUUUUAACUCAAGGAAGAGAGAUUUCUUAAAUGGGGCUGGUUCUCUCCUCUUCUCUUCAAUAUUUGUCACUGUCUAAAGCCAAGCUAUUUUAAGACCACACUCCUGAAACGUUUUUCAUCAAAGGUGUAUUACUGAGAGCAGUAGAAAAUAAAAUCUUAACUCAUAUUAGGGAGUAGAUGGUGACUAGGACCCCACUGAAAGCCACUCAUUUACAUAAAUGUCAACUUGCUCAGAAGUUUUGCCACAUGUAUGUAAAUUUGUAUUCUGCUCCAUAAUAUACUGUUAAUGUUUAUUUUAUUAUGAAAUAACAGAUUUGGGUUACUGGCCAGGAAUAUUUA